AUGACGGAACGAUUUCUAAAUCUCCAUCGUCGAUUGUCAUUUUUACCAUGCUAUCCAACUAAUAAUAAUAAACAGGAUCAUGGUGAUCCAUUAUUGCCAAAUAUACCACCUCAUGAAAUGACUCGAACAAAAUUAGUUCGUCAAAACUCUGGUACUUACAAGUCAGCAUUCGGUAUUAUCGACAAUGAUCCGACUAUACCAUCAUCUUUACGUGAAAAAUAUCAUAUAUUUUUUGGUGAUUUACUUGAAAGUUUAAUAGUUGAUAUAUCUAUACUGGAUUAUAAUUAUACACGUUUGAAUAAAUAUAGGAGAAUGCUAGCUUAUGAACAAAUACGUAUAUUUAAUCUACGAUCACAUGAAAUUCAACGAAUCGAUGAAAAAGAAUAUCCUAUUGCAUUAGAAUUCUUUUUACAAUUUGAUGCUAUAGGUUUUUGUUAA